CCGGCGACUCCAUCUCCAGCUGCACGAGAGAGGGAGGGAGGGGGAUGGCCGCGACGGCGGUGCUGGCGGUGCUGCUGGCGUCGGCGCUGGCUGGGGCCGCUGCCGGCGGCGACAUCGUCCACCAGGACGACCAGGCCCCCAAGAUUCCCGGCUGCUCCAACGACUUCGUCCUCGUCAAAGUGCAGAGCUGGGUCGACGGCAAAGAGAAAGACGAGUAUGUUGGUGUCGGCGCCCGCUUCGGUCCCAAGAUAGUGUCCAAGGAGAAAUAUGCAAACCGAACUCAGCUCACUCUGGCGGACCCAAUUGAGUGCUGCAGUCCUCCAAAAGAAAAGGUUUCUGGAGGCCUCCUUCUAGUUAAAAGGGGGAAAUGCAAGUUCACGAAGAAAGCAAAGAUCGCAGAGGCGGCUGGUGCUUCUGGUAUACUCAUCAUAAACCAUGGCACCGAGCUGUACAAGAUGGUCUGUGAAAAGAACGAGACAGAGCUUGAUAUACACAUACCUGCAGUUCUCUUGCCACAAGAUGCGGGCAUCGCUUUACACUCGCUUGUUACCGAUGGUAAAUCAGUUUCUGUGCAGCUAUACUCUCCAGAUCGUCCGGUAGUCGAUACUGCAGAGGUGUUUCUUUGGCUCAUGGCUGUCGGCACUGUCCUCUGUGCAUCAUACUGGUCAGCAUGGAGCUCUAGGGAAGCCAUUAAUGAACAGGAGAAGCUCCUGAAGGAUGGCCAUGAAGUCUCACUGAAUGUUGAGGGCGGAGGUUCUAGUGGCAUCGUAGAUAUCAACGUGAUAUCAGCAAUAAUGUUUGUUGUGAUUGCAUCAUGCUUCUUAAUAAUGCUUUACAAGCUGAUGUCUACCUGGUUUGUUGAGCUACUGGUGGUAAUCUUCUGCAUCGGCGGUGUUGAGGGUCUGCAAACAUGCUUGGUUGCUCUGUUGUCAAGAUGGUUUAGAUCUGCUGCGGAAUCAUUUCUGAAAGUACCAUUCUUUGGUGCUAUUUCGUACCUUACACUGGCAGUAUCCCCAUUUUGUGUUGUGUUUGCUGUUCUAUGGGCUGUUUAUCGUCAGUAUCCCUAUGCUUGGAUUGGGCAAGAUAUUCUUGGUAUUGCACUGAUAGUUACUGUUAUCCAAAUUGUCAGAGUACCUAACCUCAAGGUUGGUUCAGUUCUUCUCAGUUGUGCUUUCUUCUACGACAUAUUCUGGGUAUUCAUCUCCAAGAGGUGGUUUCAUGAGAGUGUGAUGAUUGCGGUUGCACGUGGUGAUAAGACCGAUGAAGAUGGUGUGCCCAUGUUGCUGAAAAUCCCACGGAUGUUUGAUCCAUGGGGUGGAUACAGUAUCAUCGGCUUUGGUGACAUCCUUCUUCCUGGGCUGGUAGUUGCAUUUGCCUUAAGAUAUGAUUGGGCUGCGAAGAAAAGCUUGCGGUCUGGUUACUUUCUGUGGUCAGCUUUGGCCUAUGGCACUGGGCUUCUUAUUACGUAUGUCGCGUUGAACCUUAUGGAUGGGCAUGGGCAGCCCGCUCUUCUCUACAUCGUGCCUUUCACACUUGGCACGUUGAUAUCGCUUGGGUGGAAGAGAAGGGAGCUUCGGAAUCUGUGGUUCAAGGGAGAGCCAGAGAGAGUCUGCACUCAUGUGCAUAUGAUGAUGCAGCCUCAUCAGGCCAAGGAUAUAUCAGUAUCUGAUCCAUCUUCCUCUUAGAUUAGAUAGAUACCUGCUGGCGGCUUGGUUGCUCUGUAAAUGUAACUGUAACUGCCCUCGUAGGAAGGAGAGGAAGUACUCGUAGUAUCUGAUCUUGAUCCUAUGUAUUCCUAAUAUCUAUGUAUUGCUGGUAAAUAAAUGUUUCGCUCCACA